AUGACUGAACCCGGUCCCCCUCAUAUCAAGCAAUUCGGCUUGACUCAGAUCUAUGCUCCACGCGAUACACCUACAGUCGAUAUCGUUUUCGUUCAUGGCCUAAACGGCCACCCUUACAACACUUGGACCAGCAAGUCCACUGGUUGCUUUUGGCCCGUCGAUCUCUUGCCCGACAUCCUUGCUGUACAACGCCCACGGAUUCUCACUUAUGGCUACAAUGCCAAUGUUACGGCGUUUACAGAUGGAGUGUCGAGGGACACCAUUGUGAGUCAUGCUGAGACACUCGCAUCAAGUCUCGCUGCCAAUCGAUAUCUGCGAAACUGCACCAAUCGUCCUAUCAUUUUCAUUUGCCACUCACUGGGAGGACUGGUUGUGAAGCGUGCCCUGAUCUUCUCACGCAGUCUCUCGAAUGAGAAGACGGAGCACCUACGCUCUGUCUACGUCUCUACCUUUGGAAUUCUCUUCCUCGGCACCCCCCAUAAUGGGUCUGAUAUCGCAAAGUGGGGCCUUUUGCUGAACAAUAUUUGCAGUGCAGUGCUUCCAAAGAAGUUUAUGGAAACUUCUCCGCAGCUCAUCAAGACGCUAAGGACCAACAAUGAGACACUACAACACAUCAACAGUCUUUUCGUCGACAUCAUGGGCCGAUUCCACAUCUACUUCUUUCAUGAGACCCGAUCAACCGAUGUACAUGGUACACGAGAAGUGAUCGUAGAUGAGCACUCAGCAGCACCAUACAUGGAAGGAGUUGAAAGGAUGGGAAUUGAGGCCGAUCACAGCCAUAUGUGCAAAUUUGACGACGAGAAUGCUGCAGGCUAUGAGGCCGUGGCAGAAGCUAUUCUUCGGUAUUCCCGCCAGGCUCCUGUUGUGAUCCUAGACCGCUGGGCAGAAGAGAAGAGCGUCCGGACCCAGGAGAAAAAGGCCAAGGCUAGGGAGAUCUAUGAUGCACGGAUAGAAGACCCAGCGAACCAAAGCAUGCCCAAUUUGAACAGAGCUGGUAGGAAUUCACAUCUUCUCCCAGCCCCGGAUGCAUCUGUCACGCUCAGGGACUACGAGAUCGAGGAGCCUCCCGUUUGA